CGCAAAUUUGUCUUAUUUAUUACAGAAAUUCUUGGCAAAUUGUUUUUUCUUCGAAGCAAACAGUCUAAUAUAAGUGAUUUUAAUAAAAAAAGAAAGAAUAGCGAGUUAUAUUUUUUAAUUUGAUUUAUUAAACUAUAAAAACAUGUCCUUGGAUGAUGGUGAAAUUGCCUUAAAUGACAUCAUGCGAAUAAUGAUUUCGACGGAUAAUCAUUUGGGCUAUGGUGAGAAAGAUCCAAUUAGAGGCGAAGACAGCUUCAUAGCUUUUGAAGAAAUGUUAGAGCUGGCAGUGAAAGAGGAUGUUGAUUUUAUAUUGUUAGGCGGCGAUUUGUUUCAUGAUGCCGUUCCCAGUCAAAAUGCUUUGUUCAAAUGUAUGAAUCUUUUGCGAAUGUAUACUUUCGGUGAUAAGCCUAUUGCCGUGGAAUUGAUUGAUGGUAAUCAACAUUUUCAUGGUGCUAUUAAUGAGUCUGUAAACUACGAAGACCCAAAUCUAAAUGUAGCAAUUCCCGUAUAUUCUAUACAUGGCAAUCACGAUGAUCCGAGCUCUUUCGGUGGAUUGAGUUCAUUGGAUUUAUUAUCUACUACUGGGUUAAUAAAUUAUUUUGGUCGAUGCACUGAUUUGACCAAAGUCGAAAUAUCACCAAUUUUAAUGAAAAAAGGAGCGACGCGAUUAGCUUUAUACGGCUUGAGUCAUAUACAUGAUGCCCGCUUAUCUAGAUUGUUUGAAAGUCGUAAAGUACAUAUCCAGGCACCUAGUGAUCACGAUGGUGAAUGGUUUCAUUUGAUGGUUGUACAUCAAAAUCGGGCUGACAGAGGGCCUAAAAAUUAUUUGCCAGAGAUCGCUUUGCCAGAAUUUCUUAAUCUGAUUAUAUGGGGUCACGAACACGAUUGCCACAUAGAACCACAAUUCAAUGCUCAGCGAAAUUUUUAUGUUAGCCAGCCGGGAUCGAGUGUUUGUACAUCUCUCUCAGAAGGCGAAGCUUUACAAAAACAUGUUGGCAUAUUGGAGAUAUACAAAGAUAAAUUUCAAAUGAAACCUAUACCGUUAAAAACUGUUCGUCCAUUUGUAUUCGAGUCUGUAAAUGUUGCAAACCUAGCUGAUGAAUUGCAUUUAGAUGAAGGAGACGUCUCUAACAAAGUAAGAGAUAUGGCGGAGAAACGUGCGACAGCUAUGAUUGAAAAAGCUAAAGAAAUGGUUACCGAUCAUGUUAAGCAACCGAAACUGCCCAAUAUUCGUUUGCGCAUAGUUUAUUUGGACGAGGAGCAAAUGUUUAAUCACAUACGUCUUGGACAAAUAUUCAAUGAUAGAGUAGCUAACCCAGCAGAUAUGAUUCACUUCAAAAAAAUGACAAAAAAAGCGAAAGCAGAAAAGUCUGAAUCAAGUCCAGAAAAGACGAAAGUUCAAUUCCAGAGAAAGGAAUGUGAAAAUAUAACCAAGGUGGAAGACUUGGUUGAACUUUAUUACAAUAAUUUAGAUGAAAGUAAAUCUUUAAAAGUUUUAUCAAGCAAAGCCCUUGCGGAAGUAUGCCAUCAGAUGGUGGAACGCAACGACAAUAAUGCUGCCGAGAAUUUAAUUAACUCUUACCAAAAAAAAGCUUUAGAUUAUUUAAUGGACAAUAUGGUUGCGGAAGAAAACGUCAACGUAGAAUUGCAGAAAUUUAAGCAGGGAAUUACUUCUGAUGAUAUAUUUAAUCUGUUGGGUUCAUCAACUCAUAAAGUACGUCAAUCACUCAAACAAAACACAACAAAUCUUGAAAAUAGUCGGACUAGUAAUUCAGGCAAUGAGAAUAGCGAUGAUGAUUGUCUGCCUUUGAAAAAUGUUAGAGCAACUAGAGGUAAGAAAAAAGAAACUCGCACUGCUGUCAACAAAAGAGGCGGCACAACUGGUCGCGGUCGUGGUUCAGCCGAUAAUUUAAGAAGCAGCGGAGCUACAACUCGAUCUAGUCGAGUAAUGCCCCAACUGGAAAUUUCUACGAAAUCAAUAUCUUCUUCACGGCAAAAUCCUUUAGAAAGUCUUAUCAGAAAAGAUUCGAAACGACAGGGAAAAUCAAAGAUAAUCGAACUUUCUGAUAAUUCUGAUUAAUUAUUAAAAAUAAGUUCACCUGAUCGCAACGAGAUAUUCUCUCACGUCAACUACCUCUCGCAUAAAGGUCUUUAAAAAAAAAACUGAAGCAUUCAUUCAUUAUUAACUAGCAAAAGGUAUUUAAAAUGUUUUUUUCCUGUUGCUCCUACGUUAUGCUAUAAACGGGCGUCUUCUUCUACUCUUUCAACACAUUCGCAUUUCAAGUUUGACGGGUAUUUACAUUUCUUUCGAAUCAUCUUAUUUUCUUAUCUCUGGCGUUAAAUGGAAU